CACUUUCCGUCAUUUUGUUGUGAACUACCGAACAGAAAUCUUUGACAAACACAAGAAUCCAUUAGAAAGAGCUUUAAUAUCGGACUUCAUUAAUAAACUUGGCUGUCACUACUCGCUAACAACUUGGCAAAGGAAGUACUAUAGGGUUCCUGCAGUUAUUCGCAUGAACAAGAUUCAGCUGAACUUCAAUAAAUUCUUUUUGAUUUCGAGAUGGGUCUCUAUACUUACUUUUUGCUGUUUCUUCAGUUUUGGGUCAGAGGAACGCAAUCAGAUACAAUCAGCCCCAUCACGCAUCAAUGGUCUUUCAACGAUCCCUAUCCUUAUAAGGACCACGUGUCGGGACAAGACGUUUUAAAGCUCAUCGGCACCACAUUAAACAACACAGACUACCUUAGCUUAGUUGGUCAUUCCUGCUUGAUAUUAGGAUCAUUUACAGAUCUUUGUCUUAAAAACAUAACGGUUUGUGAUUCCGAGUUCUCUUUGGCAUUCUGGCUACUAAUAAAGCAUACCGCAACGGACCCUCAAAUAUUUCUUGGCACGUCUACAAAUGAUUUCACAGACCUGAAAGGUGUUUUUGUCUACCAAAAUGAAACGAACGAUACCGAAAGGAAAGUCGUAGUGGAGAUUAUGGUUAGUGGGCUUAGCUGGAAGGAGCCACUCAAAAUUCAGCAAGAGAUUUGGAAUUUUAUCGUGAUAACUUGGAGAGCAGGAGACGGUCGCGAAAACCAAUUAGCCACCUACAUCAACGGAAAGUUAAUUAAUUCAUCUGUGGUUGAAAUGGAAAGUAAUCUUUCGAAAUACAUCAAGCUGAGGGGAAACUUCCCAAGGCAGGUUCUACGUACGGAAUUGUACUUGGAGAGUGGAGGAUUAUAUGAUGAAGUUAUAACAUGGAAUAGAUCACUGCAUGGCUUUGAAGUGAGGAGAGCAUUCCAGUCACAAAUGAAUAAACUCUCAAAAAUACACUGCACAGCCACAAAUACCUCUCUAAACGUGACCUGGAAGGUUAUAAAGCGUAAGUUAUUUCAGAUAAGGAAAUCAACGUACAGGAUUCAAGUCUGGAGAAAUAAAACGCAUGCGCAAGUUUUAAACAAAGUCCUUGACUAUCCAACUGAUCACCAUUUUGUGAAAGAUCUUGCACCAUACACCUCGUAUAAGAUUCGUCUCUGGAGAGAAGACAGUAAAGAUAACAGGUGUCUUGGGGCUCUGCUCUGCCGCACAAAACAAGGAGUACCUUCAGAUAUUCAAAAUCUGACGAUAGCUUCCUUUAACUCGACUUCACUUUUGGCACAAUGGUCUCCGCCUGUUAAAGUUAAUGGUAUAAUCCGAGGUUAUAGUAUUGAGUUAUUUGAAAAGGCAAGUAAGAAACGUCUCAUAGCAGUUAAAGGCGCUGAAAGCUACCUGAUAACUGGUCUCAUAGCUAACACCGAGUACACCGUAGCAGUACAAGGCUUUACGUCCGCAGGGAUUGGUCCGCUGUCACAAACCAAGACGGCCAAAACAAAUAAAGUACCACCUGUUACAGAAAAGCCCAAAAACGUCACCGCCAUUGCUCUGAGCUCGGACAUCAUCAAAGUCACUUGGAUACCUCUUGACCAAAGAGAGGAAGUGCAAUCAUAUGACGUAGAAUACUGGUCAUUAGAUUGCACCAGAAAGAGAGUGGGUAAAACUGCUGAUGUACUGCUGAAAAGUCUUCCUCAAUACACAGCAUUUAAAGUUAAGGUUCGAGGUCGGAACACACAGUAUGCAGGUCCGUGGGAGAUGGCGAGGGAGGUGAAUACAUUAGACUUUGAUGAAUGCACCCAGCAACCAUGCCAUGAGGAAGCGGCGUGUAAAAAUGUACCUGGAUUGUAUGAGUGUAGCUGUGGGAAAGGAUUUACUGGGGAUGGAUUUAACUGGUGCGAAGUCGAUUCGGGUAAUAGUUUUGACGACGACUUCUGCCAGCAGGAGUUGUUCAGAAAUAUAACUUGGUUGCGAACUCCAAAGGGGAAAACCAUUCAGCGAGGUUGUCCGUAUGGAUUCUCAGGGUGGGCCAACCGCUCCUGUUCAUCAAAGGUCAAAGCGUCCUGGCAUGAACCAGAUUUGACAAAUUGUGUCUCCGACAAGUUCAGAAAACUCCAACUUCAAAUUAUUUCUAAGAAUGAGAUUGAUUCCGACACUGCGGUAUCUCUGGCCUACGAACUUUCAAAGCUUACGGACCCUACGCAAAAUAGAUUCACAGUCAGUGGCGACUUGGGCGCCGCUGUCGGAAUGCUAGAACUUCUGGAUCAAAAAACCGCACAAAAUGCAUCAAUGAAUCAGGAAAAAGCUAAUGCUUUUGUGAAGAAUGUAGUUAACGUAGCAAACAAUCUUCUGGAUGAAAGGACAAUGGAUGCCUGGCAAGAUUCACCUCUGAAAUCUCGUUCAGAUGAAGCUACAAAGCUCUUGAUCACUAUGGAAAAUAUAGCUUUGAAGACUGCUUCACUUUCAAACAGCACAAAUACUUCCAGUUUUGACACUUCUAAUAUCGUGUUAAAAUUUCGCUCAGUUAAGGAAGAGGAUUCUAUUGCUGACAGAGUGAUCUUUUCCGCGUUGGAUGAUGGACUUGGAAGCAAAAUAGAGAUGCCAACAUCUGAGUUACAAAGAAAAGGCAACAGUACAUCUUCAGGGGCAGCUCAUCAUAUUGCCUUUAUAUAUAUGAAGAACAUUGCACAAUUGCUGACCACCUCAAGAUUCUCUAGUGCUACUCAAGAGGAGAAUAUUAAGAGACUGAAGAGUGUGACUAAUCCUGGUGUUAUUUCACUUUCCACUCUUCCCAAAUCAUCAGGCAACUUCGCAGAUCCUGUGGUGAUAUUUUUUCACAAUAACCAGAGUGACGUACGCCUCAAACCAUUGUGCGUCUUUUGGAAAAUUUCAAAGGUUGGCGGCUCAUGGUCCACCGAAGGUUGUUAUAUGAAUUUGAAAAACUUGACCGUGACUGUUUGUCAUUGUUAACAUUUGACAAGCUUCAGCGUCCUUAUGCAAUAUACACCGGAUUCGCAUAUGGAGGUGACCAACCAAAUUGCCUUAGGACUUGUUACGUAUAUUGGCAUCAGCAUAUCCCUGAUUUCACUAGUGCUGGCUUUUGUAACGUUUUGCUCGUUUGGGUUUUUGAAAUCGAAUCGUAAUUUUGCUCACAUCAACCUGGUGCUAUCGCUUUUUUUGGCCGAACUGCUGUUUGUUGUUGGUAUGGAAAAGACACAGUACAAGACUGGCUGCUUUGUAAUUGCCAUGUUGCUACAUUAUCUAUUUCUUGUCGCAUUUUGCUGGAUGGCAACAGAGGGAGUGAUUCUUUAUAUCAUGCUAGUUAAAGUUUUCCCAACAUCAAGUUCGGGUCCAAGGAAAAGGAUAUUUUUCCUUUGCUCAUGGGGAAUACCUCUCAUACCUGUGGUUACAGCGUUCCUUAUAGAUAAAGAGGGCUACACUUCAGACAAACACUGCUGGUUGUCUGUUGAAGACGGUUUCGUAUGGAGUUUUGUCGGCCCUGUUCUUCUCAUAUGUGUGCUGAAUCUGGUGUUUUUAGGAAUGACACUCAAGGUUAUGGCAACGCGUUCCCUGAAUCAGCCUGCCCGUAACCCGCCAAAAAUGAGGUACUGGGUAAAAGCCUGCGCAGUAUUGACGUGUCUUUUAGGCACAACAUGGCUACUGGGAUUGUUUUUCCUGGACAAAGCUACAGUCCUCUUUGCUUAUCUGUUCAAUAUUUUCAACACUUUGCAGGGACUUUUCAUCUUUAUUUUUCAUUGCUUAGCUGAUGACAGGAUUCGCUCUGAGUACAAACGGAUACUUUGCUGUCAUGGAAGUCGAAGAGACUACCUCCGUGACAAUAUAAUUGCAAAAUCACAGCAGAAAUAUUCGUCUAGUCAGACGACAAGACUUCAAAGGAAAGCCAUGUUAUCGGAAGAAAAAAGGAUUGAUGUGGGGACACACACUUCUUCUGGGCUUGAGCUAAGGCCAGUCGACCAGAGCUUUAAUAGCAACAUAGAUAUUACAGCCGGUGCAAGGACAAAAGAAAACGAGAGACUGAAGGAAUAUCAGCAUUACCACAUAGCCGUAAGAGACGAAGAACACAACCAAGAAGAUAACGAGGAAGAAAAUUCAGAUGACCACUUCUUUGAUGAUAUAUCUUCGAGUUUAAUAAACAUCUGUAACGGCACCACAACGAAGCCUGUGAAAACAAAGGAAACACGAAGAUCUGUUACUUCUGAUCCUUUUCAGGACAAGCUAUCUCAACUCUCAGACCACGAAUGCGACACAUUCGCUAAUAAUAGCGAAAAAGAAGAAAUCUUAAAUGUAAAAAAAAUGGGACUCAUGACAAACCAACUGGAAAACACGUUUGAAGGUGUACGAGACGAGUUUGGCGACUUAUGAUUGGAUUUUCACACGGCAGAGUCCAGUUAUCAAAUGAGAAAAAUAACUUCAACCUGCCGAGUUUAUCGACACUGUCAAAAGUCAUAUUUCACAACUUCGUCUCGUCCACAAAUAGCAAUGAGUGACAGUAGCGUUCUGAGCGAUGACUUAAGGGCGAGCCUGUCAAUAGUCGAGAAUAGCGAUAGCGACUCUGUUUUCGGAUGAUAAUUUUUCAACAAAAACAUGUCACGGUAAAGGAUUCUUUUCGAACUGACCUCAGAUCUCGAAAAAGGAUUAUUUCUACACUCAGUUUUAACUUAAUACCACGCUGACAUGAUUAAUCCAUAAAUAUAUACUGUGGUUAUUUUACCUAAGUGAAGAAAAGAUGU